CCAUGAGCAGAGAGACAAGGACAGAAAAUGUGCAUAGGACAAGGUUGAGCUAUCAGGGAUAAGAGGGGUUUUCAGGGUUCCCAAAGAACAGAUAGGGCUUCACAUGGGUCUCAGAGUCCUGAAGGAGGCAGCAGGAGGGCUGUGGAUACCCCCUGCCCAUCCCAUCAUGAAAGCCUGGGGUUCGUAAAGCACCAGGAAUACAAAUACAACAACCAGACCAGAGGCUUCCUGCUCACGGAUGUGAGGUGGGAGAUGGACCAAAAUAACCACACAACACUUGGAGAAGCCGCCCCUUCUCACCCGGAGGCCCCUCCUACACACCCACUCUAAGUCAUUUCUAAAUUGGUGAAAAUUCACAGAAAGAAGAAGAAUAGGACUUGCCGGCGUUUGUAGUAACAGGAUGAGAAAGUGCGAGACUUCCUGUUAUGUGUGUGUGACAGCUAGUGAUAAGUGGAGGGCCCGGCACAGGAAAUCCGCUCAGCUUCUGCAAUGUGACCUGCCCGAGACUUGGGAGCUCCUUCAGUCUGGAUGUGGAUGGCAGGACAAAGGGGCACCUGGACCAUGGACGAUGUGGUAGAGAAGAGUUUGGAAGGGCCCCUGGCACCUGGUGCAGAGGAGCCCUCCCAGAAAAGGGGAGACAUGGUGGAAAUCUUAAAUGAGGACAAGGUGAAAUUUGAUGAUGCGGAACUCGCCUUAAUUCUUCAGAAUGGCCUGGAGACCCUCCGAGUAGAAAACGCUCUGACAGAUGUCAUCUUGUGUGUGGACAUCCAGGAAUUCUCCUGCCACCGCGUGGUGCUGGCUGCGGCCAGCAACUAUUUCAGGGCUAUGUUCUGCAAUGACCUAAAGGAAAAGUACGAGAAGAAGAUCGUUAUUAAAGGGGUUGAUGCUGAGACCAUGCAUACCCUCCUGGACUACACAUACACCAGCAAGGCGCUGAUCACCAAGCAGAAUGUGCAGCGCGUCCUGGAAGCUGCCAACCUCUUUCAGUUCCUGCGGAUGGUGGAUGCCUGUGCCAGCUUCCUCACGGAAGCCCUGAACCCGGAGAACUGUGUGGGCAUCCUGAGGCUGGCAGACACGCACUCCCUGGACUCCCUCAAGAAGCAGGUUCAGAGUUACAUCAUUCAGAACUUUGUGCAGAUUCUGAACUCUGAGGAGUUCCUUGAACUUCCUGUGGACACUCUGUACCACAUCUUGAAGAGCGAUGACCUGUAUGUGACGGAGGAGGCUCAGGUGUUCGAGACGGUGAUGAGAUGGGUGAGGCACAAACAGUCAGAGCGACUCUGCCUGCUGCCCUGCAUCCUGGAGAACGUUCGCUUGCCACUUCUGGACCAGUGGUACUUUGUGGAUGUGGUGGAGGCUGAUCCUCUCAUCAGGCAGUGCCCAGAGGUCUUCUCGCUGCUCCAGGAAGCCAGGAUGUACCACCUUUCUGGCAACGAGAUCAUUUCGGAGCGUACCAAGCCCAGGAUGCAUGAGUUCCAGUCCGAGGUGUUCAUGAUCAUUGGCGGCUGCACCAAGGACGAAAGAUUUGUGGCAGAGGUAACCUGCCUGGACCCCCUGCGUCGCAGCCGCCUGGAGGUGGCCAAGCUCCCACUGACCGAGCAUGAGCUGGACAGUGAGAAUAAGAAGUGGGUGGAGUUUGCAUGCGUGACAUUAAAAAAUGAGGUCUACAUCUCAGGUGGCAAAGAAACCCAGCACGACGUUUGGAAAUACAACUCCUCAAUCAACAAGUGGAUUCAGAUCGAGUACCUAAACAUAGGCCGCUGGAGGCACAAGAUGGUGGUGGUGGGCGGCAAGGUCUACGUCAUCGGUGGUUUCGACGGCUUGCAGAGGAUCAACAACGUAGAGACCUACGACCCCUUCCACAACUGCUGGUCCGAGGUGGCGCCCCUCCCCAUCCAUGUCAGUUCCUUCGCGGCCACCAGCCAUAAGAAGAAGCUCUACGUGAUAGGGGGUGGGCCCAACGGGAAACUAGCCACGGACAAGACGCAGUGUUACGACCCCUCGACCAAUAAGUGGACCUUGAAGGCGGCCAUGCCAGUGGAGGCAAAAUGCAUUAAUGCAGUGAGUUUCCGGGACCGCAUCUAUGUUGUUGGUGGGGCCAUGAGGGCACUGUACGCCUACACCCCCCUGGAGGACAGCUGGAGCCUGGUGACCCAGCUCAGCCAUGAGCGGGCCAGCUGUGGCAUCGCGCCCUGCAACAACCGCCUGUACAUCACCGGCGGGCGGGACGAGAAGAAUGAGGUCAUCGCCACAGUGCUGUGCUGGGACCCCGAGACCCAGAAGCUGACGGAGGAGUGUGUCCUGCCCCGGGGAGUGUCGCAUCACGGCAGUGUCACCAUUAGGAAGUCGUACACCCACAUCCGGAGGAUCGUGCCAGGAGCGGUGUCUGUGUGACUGUGGAGGGACCUGGAGGCGACCCCACCGCCUGCAUCUCGUGUUGGAGGUCUGCCUUGGGGUCACAGCGCUGGGACACUUGAGAUCACUGGAAUGUGUGCUCACCUACCUCGGGACGGAAGGCGCGGAGGGUGGUGGGUGAAGUCAGGACAUACCUGUCUGCACAGGUCCUUUGCUUGGCAUUGUCCUACGUCAUUUCAUCAACCCUGAUGAUGACUCAGUGCCUGGCAGUUGUCACUCCUGACCACAGAUGAGAAAUAGAGUUUUGGACAGGCUCAAUGAUGCUCCCUAGCUCGAGCAGCAAGUACUAAGCCAGGAGUCUGGAACCAGGUCUUCCCAUUUUGGUCAGCAUCCUUCCUUCUGCCCAGCUCGGAGCAAGAAAACCAAAACCCAAGCCCAAACCCAACUCGGGUCUUGCUCUUCAAGACUGGCAAAAGAUUCAUUCUUCGAGGCAUGACGGUGUUUCUUCUUCCCUCCUUUCUUUCUUUCUUUGGUACUGGGGAUCGAACUCAGGGCCUUGUGCUUGCAAGGCAGGCGAGAUGCCACUGAGCUAAAUCCCCGGCCCUUCCAUCCUUUCUUUUAUCCCUUGUUUGUAAACUGUACAAAACCCUUGGGGCCAGAGUCUUUGGGCUCCCUGUGUAGAAGACCCUCCAGACUCGUCCACUGGGCAGGUCCGUGCACACGGGUCCUGGAAGGACUGUUUGUUUGGGAGAAGACGAACCCCUUGUGUUCUGCUCUCUGAAGCCUCUGCUUUUUCUGAUCUCUGAAUGGCCUGCUGUGGACCCGAGCUGUCCUCACCAGGCAAAAUCAUCUUCACCACAGCCCAGGGCCCUGGCCUCUUAAUGGCCAAUGGUUAUACUGUGAUAGAGAAAAGAAGUUUCCAGAGCCCCCAGCUACUGUUUUAUAAAAAAGCAAGCAUCUUAACACUGCUAGCACUGGAGAAUUCCAGAUUCUUCUUCACAGCGUUCUUUCUACUCUUUAGGCGUGAUUUGGGUCUACGUUCCUGGUACCUCCUAGAACCUACGUUUUCAGGAUCUUUCGAAGCUCUGCUCCUUGAGUUUUGGAUCAGUGUGGCUUGAUUUUGAUUUGGAGAACAGAAUCUGCCCUUCACCCUAAAGAGAAGGACUUUCAAAUGAGCUCACUGGAAAUGCAUUCUAAUCCCCGGGGUGGAGAAGCAGGUUAACAGAUCUUGUUUCAUAUGCUGUCUUAAAAACAUAGUAACUGCA